AUGAGAGCGGCUCGACGACCGGUGAACGCAACUUUCUGGUAUGACGACUUUCUGUUCAGAUUUGGCAACGUCUCAGAUCUGUGGCGGCAGCGGCCACUCGGUUCAAGGAGGCAGACGAAGAUAAUGAAGACAGUUGCUAUGGACUACUUCGAGGAGGCAAGGGAGCAAAGCGACAACGUCACAAUGGCAAUGGAGGUGGACGACGCCGACUCUUCCUUGGAUAUGUUCAGAGAGGGCCCCGUCUUGGACCUCCACCGCCUUGCCGAUGCCGAAUUUUUCAAUUUCUUCCAGGAUGAUUUCGAUGAUGAAGACAUCAACUGA